AUGGGUGUCGGAAAUAAAGGUCACGGACACCGGAGUCUGGUACUGGCUGGGCUCGUUCUAGUCAAGCUAGCAGCGAGGGUGUAUGGCUUCAAUGUGGUGGCCCUGUACGACAGCGCUACUAAACUCAACUUCAACUUCCCCAUUUACAACUGCAAUGUCCCGGCCGGCGUCGAGAUUGACCCCCUAUUGGUCUCCCUCCACAAGUUGCGAGAGAACCAGGAGGCUCUCGAGCGGUUAGAGGCAGGGAGCGCCAAUGAGCAGUAUAUGGCUGAGCUCCACCGGAUGUAUCCGAAGCUCUUCGCCGAGAAGCACCGGCAGCUCGAGCUGUACAAGAAAGGGUUGCGUCGUUUUUCCAGGGACCACAAGAUGCAUGUCAUAGCGAUCCCUGCAUGGUGCACCGUACACAUUGCUCUUCGUCUUGGAGUUUGGCAUAUGAACAAGACUGGAGAGCAUGCUGAGAAGUCUACCCGCCCAUCAGAGAUCGACUGGGUCGAAGCUGGCGCCGUCUCUCCGGUUGUGAGGAAACAAGACGGUUGUGCAUCGGUUGAAGCAGCACACUAUCUGCAGACCUUGCAAUCGAUCUCCCUAUCGGUUCAAGAGCUUAUCGACUGCAACACAGAGAACAACGGUUGCAACGGUGGCUACUAUCAACUUGCUUUCAAGUACAUACAGGAUAAUGGACUCUCGAGCGAAUCAUCCUACCCAUACAUGGCCAAGAGAAGUGCUUCGGGUUGCAAGAGGGACAAGACAGUAGCAGCAGAAACACGUAUAUUAGGCUUUUGGUGCGUCGACUUGACCGAGGAUGCUCUCGAGGAAGCAGUAGCGAAGCGGCCUGUGGUUGUCCGUCUACAGGGUACGCCUGAUCUAUUUAACUACAAAGGAGGCAUCAUGGAGUGUGAAGCUGUACCUGAUAGUAGCGCAACUACAUGGCAUGCUGUCCUGAUUGUCGGUUAUGGUAUGGAUCCUGAUGGCAUUAAGUAUUGGCGCUUCAAGAACUUGUGGGGAAAGGAUUGGGGCGAGGGGGGGUUUGGGAGGAUCCGUAGGCACGUUACUGACGAGCGAGGUGCCUUGGGUAUGUUUAUGUAUGGAGGACUAUAUCCAGUGAUUGACUAA